CGCGCACUGUACAAAAUCAACGACGUGAUGGGCAGACAUGCAUCAACGAGGACGGUGCAGGAAAAGCUCGAGCAGCGCCGACUAAGAUGCAAACUAAACCAGCGGAGAUAUCGAGCCAACUUGCGUGUGACCAAUGCCCAACGCCGAGCAGACAUGGACGAGCUGGACCGUGUGAAUCAGCGCUUGGAUCGACACAUCGACACGAUCGAACGAACGGGGCUUUGGUGUCACGCUGAAGAGCUCUCCGUCAUCGAGUACUUUCGACUGUUUGAGUACGGGUACACGGGAACGCAGCGCCAGGACUCCUUCCUGCGAUACUUUGUCGAGCCCAACGGAUGGUGCAAUGGAAAUCGAGGCGUGGAUGCCGUGACACUCGUAUGGACAUCGUACGGCACGUCGUUUUCGUCCGUCCACAUUAAACACGUGAAAGUGACGCACUCGAGCCAUGCUCAAGACGGUGCGAUGGUCAACAUCGAAUGUGUGGCUGAGCUCGGCAUGUCCACACAGGCCAUACAAGCCAUGUUUCCUCGGGUAUUGUCGCGGCAAGACCUUGUCGACAAGAUGCUGUGUACCCCGUUCGUGCUUCCGCUGCAUGCGUCCUUUGUCUUUGACGACAACAAGCAAACCACUUGGAUAACCACGACCGCCAACGUCGUCCACGCGCUCUUCUAUCAGUUUGGCAACUUGAACGAUGUUGUCGUUGCGGCGACCAACACGGCCAUCCAACCCGACGCCAUGAUCCGACGGAUCCGUGAUUCCUGCAGACGAAAUUAAUGUUGAGACUGCGUUCGACGAGUCAGUCCAUCUGCGAGGCAUCUUGUGACGGGUUGGAUUACAUGCCG